AUGUUUCGCUUUACUCGUAUCUAUGCAGAACGCAACUACCAACUUACUUUUAAGUAUGCUGAUGACUCAACACUGGAUCUAAAGCAAUUUGGUGAAUAUAACUACCAGCAUGUUAUAAUUUUUGCUCCUACCACAACAGAAUUCGGUGGCUACGUAAGCGUAAAGGCUUUGGCCGAUUUUGUUGACAAUGGUGGGAACGUUCUUGUCGCUGGAGGUCCAGAACUCGGAGAUGCUGUUAGGGAUUUCGCCGGUGAAUGUGGCGUUGAAUUCGACGCAAAUAACUCGUCUGUUAUUGAUCAUUACAACUUUGAUGAGAUGGAUAAUGGAGACCAUACUCUAAUCAUCGUAAAUCCAGAAGACGCCAUAAAAGUGCCAAUUAUAACUGGGGGAUUUAAAAAUCCUAUUCUUUACCGUGGUGUGGGAAUCUCUACAGAUCCUACUAACCCGCUACUCAUCAGUGUCUUGCAUGGAUCUGCCACGUCGUACUCUUACGACACCAGGAAAAUUGUUUCAGAGUACCCCACUACAGUUGGAAAGAACACUCAACUUGUUAUAGCCCUGCAGGCUAGGAAUAAUGCUCGUGUUGUCUUCACCGGCUCAAUUGAGAUGUUUUCCGAUAUCUUCUACUCUUCCCCUGUAUAUAGUAAAGUUACCAACAAACGAUUUGAACGCUCUAGUAAUGCCGAGUUCUGUGAUCACCUCUCGCGGUGGGCUUUCAAGGAGUCCGGUGUUCUUCGUGUGGCAAAUGUUUCUCACCAUAGG